GGCUGGCGUGCUGUGUUUUAGUGGUGUGUCGCGUCCCAAGUUUGUACAUUUCCAAUUUAAUCGCCUUUUGUAUUGACGCUGGCGGGGGAUAACUCUCAAGUUUUUUUUUGAUCGUGUAUCAAAGCAGUGUGUGAUGCAGAGAACUGUGGAUGUUCUUGUUUCUAUGUGGAUUUUCUAAUGUGUAAUUCUCAACAUUUUCCUGUGGAUAUUUAUUUAUUUGAAAUUAUUUCUAAUACCAAGUGUGUUUUUGUUCAAUAGUCACUAUAGGAUCACUAUAGUGUCACCGUCUCUAAUCCGUUAAUCCUGUUUUGAUUAGUUUGUUGAUGACCUGUAUCCAUUCAGAGGUGUAUUAAACUAUUUAUAGCAGUGGAUUAUAAAUACCAGUGAAAAUAUCAGUGGAUUAUAAAUACCAGUGAACAUUGAUUCUAUAGAAUGAGGAGUGUCUUUGACCAUAGACAAAAGACGUGUGUUUAUUCUGAAGGCGAGUUGAACUUUUGAAUGGUCGCAACGUUUCUGUGAUUCAAUGGAGAAGUUCCGGUUUAGGAAGAAAGACGAAGUGUUGGAUGAGGGGGAGAUGCACCGCCCCGGGGGGCAGCAGCAGGGGGUCGGGGUGCACCGCACCGGGGCCCAGCAGAAGUACCUGGCCCUACAGCCCAGGUACGAACAGGACGCCAAACGUGCCAAGCAACAUACGAACUGGAGCGGUGUGCUGCAGGAUCUCUUCGGGCUGGACUCGCCGCAAACCGCAGAGUCAACCCAUGAAUCCACCAGCUCCGGCGUCGCCUCUGACGUCACGUCCGUCUAUCCAUCCACGCCCGCCAUGACGACCUUCAAAGGCGAGUCUGCCGGCUCGGCCAAGUCCAUCGGCUCGCAAGACUCCGGCACCAAGAGCGCCUCUCUCUCCAGCUCCCCCAAGCCGGACCCGGCCAGUUUAAAGCAGCACCUCCGCGGCAGCCGUAUGUCACCAGCGCCACCUUUGCCGGCUAUUCCGGUCGAACCCCCGGGUCUGCCGGUCAAAAAUAUCCCACGGACGGCAAACACGUUGUCCCCGAAUGACUACCACCGAAUGAACAAGUAUUCGGAAUCGCCCACCAUUGUUACCAGGGGGAAGAAGAACACACGUGACCGGCGUCCUCGUUUGCCGGAACCGGAUGUAGGCGCCAUGACAGUCGCUGACGUCAACCGAUCACUUUCUCCUCAGACGAACGGUCACAACGGAUUUAGUAUAAAUACAUCAGACCCACGUGCAAUGGACCCUUCUUUUUAUAAUGAGAUUACCUUGGCCUUUAAAGGUUCCAUGCGAGAGGACCCUUACAUUGAGGCGUUUAGGGAUGACAGGUUCUUAGAUCCUCGCAAUCCAGAUCGUAUCCACACUGUUCCCUCCCCCGUGUCUCCAGUCCCGCCCGGGGGGUACUACUACAACAGAGACGUGAGUCCGAAUGUUCCAGAACGUUGGUUGGUGCCAGACAUGGCUAUUAGAGACUCUAGGAUACGACACAAGCAACAACAGCAUCUUCAGCAACAACAGCUUCAACAACAGCAGCACAUACAGCAACAACAACAGCAUCUACAACAGCAACAGCAGUUACAACAACAACAACACCUACACCAACUUAGCGCACAGCAAAGACUUCAACAUCAUCACCAACAUCAACAGCAGCAAUACCACCAAGACCCCACUCUUCAAACGAGGGCGCCGUCGUGUCCUAUAACAAACGAUCCAAGCCCCACAACUCUCAACCAAAACCACACACCGUACCCUCACAACGCCCCCCACCCCACCCGAGGCGCAUACCCCACCCCCAACCACCUCAUCAAGUCAACCACCGUGCCCAGUAAAGCUCUCCAACAGUACCGGAAUCAAUAUAACGAUCUUCAACCGGAAACCGGCUUUCAAAAUCUCCCGCCCUCCUACUCAAAGUCGAGCCACACCCUCCAGACUCAGGCGCAGGUGCACGCGCAGCAGCCGGAAGUGAGCGCUGAUUGGAUGAAGUCUGCGCAUGCUCAGUCGGACACCCAGCUGCACGUGAACCAGCCCACAAGCACUCGUCAGCUGACCAGCGGGGUCAGAAAUUUAAGUCUGUCUCAGAAUGACGUCAGCGCGGGCAUCACCGUCAAGGGCAAGCGUCAGAUGUCAAGGUCAUGUCCCUUUGAAUCACUGCCCAACGAGCUUCUUCUCAAGAUCUUUCUCAACCUGCCCACUGACCACCUCUGCAGGUGUGCCCAGGUCUGUCGUCACUGGUACAACGCCGUGUGGGACCACCCAGUCCUCUGGACCUCCAUCGUCAUCAACAACCCCAACCUUGACAUUGACAAGGCCUUGAAGUACCUCACCCGGAGACUCAGCUACAACACGCCCAAGAUUUGCAUGAUCGUGGAGAAGAUUAACGUCAACAUGUGCUGCCAGCUCACGGACCGCGGGCUGCAGACGGCCGUCAAGCGGUGCCCAGAGCUCCGGUACCUGGACAUGCAGGGGUGCCACCUGGUGACCAAUGUCGGCGUCACGGAGGCCGUGUCCAGGUGUGUCAACCUGGAGCGGCUGGACGUCACAGGAUGCCCCCAGGUGACCUGCAUCUCCCUGACCGACUCGCUGAUGACCCUGAGCUCGCCCCACCACCUGGAGCGGAUCUACCUGCGUUACCUGGACAUGACCGACUGCCCCCACGUGACCGACGAGGAUCUGUUCGUCAUCACCUCCCAGUGCACCCAGCUGCUCUUCUUCUACCUGCGCAGGUGUCCCCACAUCACUGACCUGGGCGUCAAUUAUAUAGCCACUAACUGCAGCAGUCUAAGGGAGCUCAGUCUGAGUGACUGCACCAAUGUCACUGACCUCGGCAUGAGAGAGCUGACCAGACUGAGGGACAACCUGCGGUACCUGAGUGUGGCCAAGUGCGAGAAGGUGUCAGACGAAGGUGUGAUCCACAUCGCCAGAAGCUGCAGCAAGCUGCGCUACCUGAACGUGCGGGGGUGUGAGGCCUUCUCCGACAUCGGCCUGGAGUUUGUCGCCAGGAACUGUCCACGAAUUCGCUCCCUUGACAUCGGCAAAUGUGACAUAACAGACGAGGGGAUGUACAUCCUGGCCAGGUACUGCCCAAACUUGAGGAAGCUGGGGAUCAAAUCCUGCGACGGCAUCACAGACAAAGGGAUUGUGUUGCUGGCGUACGGGUGUUCUGCGCUGCAGCAGCUGAUUGUGUCUGACUGUUGUCUUUCCCCUGAUGCGUACGCUAUCAUAAGGAAGUAUUGUAAGAAAGCCAUCAUAGAACAUACAAACCCUGGAGUUUUGUAAUAGGACAAUGAUAGCACAACAUGGGCUUCAAUGUUUACAUGAAUGUGGGAUGGGAAAAAAGUUUUGUAGAAAUGUUGAGGUUUAGAAGUGGAAAGUGGCAAGAGAUUCUGAACUACAAUUAGAGUCUUAGAGUAAUGGAACUGUUACAUUGUGUUUGUGAUUGACUGGUCAUACACUUAGCCAACACCUAACAUAAGCAGUUGAUGAGCAGUGUGAGGGUUGUAUGGCUUCAUACUGUUGUGUGAGGAUUACAUCAUAGCUAUGUGCUGUUAAGAUGGUGUAAGCAUUACAUAUUUGUGUUGUGCUGAUGGUGUAAGCAUUUCAUGGCUACCCAUGUAGCAUAUUAUUUAUUAUGGCAGCCAUAAGUGACAAAAGACGUAAGGUGUGUAUAUCCACAAGUAGAAGGGAGCAUAAAAACACAUGCAAGCUUGCAGUUGUAGCAGAAUGGCAACAUUAAGCAUUAGAAGGAUCUACUGCAUAAUACAUUCCUGACUCAGAUCAAAGGACUGAACAAAUCAUGUUUUGUUGUUGUUACUUUACUUAUUCAUUACUUAAUAUUUAUUUUUGUUACUUCAGAAUUGUACCUAGUACGAUGGAUGAAUGAAUUAUGAUGAGUGAAUGAACUCUGAAGAUUAAAUGAAUGAAGUUGAUUAAACUAUUUGCUUUUUGUAGAGAACAAGAUUUGUUUUAAUUCAAACAAAGGGCAUUGUCAGGAAUCAGUUGAUGUGUCAGUGUAAGAGUAGGUGUAAACUUGGGCAUAUGCCCAAUAUGUAUAUAUGGUGUAGAUGUGAACUAGCACAUAUGCAGGUGUGGAUGGGGGCAUAUGCCUGUGUGUGGUGUUUGUGUAAAUGAAUGCAUAUGCCCAUGUGUGCUGUAUGUGUGAAUGAGGGCAUAUGCUCAAUGUACAGUAUAUGCAUGAACUAGGGCAUAUGCCCAAUGUUGGGUGUAUGUGUCUAUAGACAACGAUUGCUGUACAAACAGCAUAGAAUAUCUAGUAUGAUUAUAUAUCAUAGUCUUGAAUGGGCAUAUGUCAUAUGCCAGAGCUUGUGCCAUAUGGAUAUGCCAGAGCUAGUGCCAUAUGGAUGUAUGUAAAUGUGGAUGGGAGAGAUCUGGUUUUAUACAGGAUCAGUAAUCAAGUAUGUGGUGUAGUUUACAGUGGUGUUAAUAUAGUGCAUAGGAUUGUUGAUAACAGGGUUCAGUGAUGUGAAUAGUGCAUAGCAAUGUUGAUACAGGGUUAGUGAUGUGAAUAGUGCAUAGCAAUGUUGAUACAGGGUUCAGUGAUGUGAAUAGUGCAUAGCAAUGUUGAUACAGGGUUCAGUGAUGUGAAUAGUGCAUAGCAAUGUUGAUACAGGGUUCAGUGAUGUCAAUAUAGUGCAUAGGAUUGAUUAUACAGGGUUCAGUGAUGUGAAAAUAGUGCAUAGCAAUGUUGAUACAGGGUUCAGUGAUGUCAAUAUAGUGCAUAGGAUUGAUCAUACACGGUUCAGUGAUGUGAAAAUAGUGCAUAGCAAUGUUGAUACAGGGUUCAGUGAUGUCAAUAUAGUGCAUAGGAUUGAUUAUACAGGGUUCAGUGAUGUGAAAAUAGUGCAUAGCAAUGUUGAUACAGGGUUUAGUGAUAUCAACACUGUGGGUUAUGUGUAGAGGUUGUAUCACACAUCACAUGAACCUGUAUGUUUGAUGUCAGACCUCCCUCUCCCCAUGUGCUCAUGUUGUGAUGUCUAUUAUAAAGUUUUCUUUAAUCUACAUGUCGUAUUGUCGUCUAAACAUAUGUUGUUAUCUGCCAUCGAGCUGACUCAGCUAAAUAAAAAUUCUACCGGGACUAACACUGACAAGUCAAGAUUCUUUCGACAACUGUUAAACAUUUUAUGUAUACCUUACUGAAACAUUCCACAUUUCAUUAUCUUGGCAAACGCAACUGUUUAAAUGUUUUAUACCAUUUUUUCUGAAACAUUCCACUUAUCUUACUGUGAUGGGCUGAAACUGUUUUGUUUUGUAAAAAAAGUAAUGUAACCAUAUUAUGUUAAUGGUUUUAAAAGAUGAGAUGUAGGGAUACAUUUUCUGAUAAAAAGUAGUGCCUAAAUAUAUUCAUAAAGUUAAUUUAUUUUCAACUAAAUAUUUUGAAAUUUCUAAAUUAUUUUAUGAGAAUAAUUUUUUGUAAAAUGUAUUUAUCUCUUUCACAAAAUGAUAUUUUAAAAAAAGGAUGCAUUUGAUGUCAUUUUCUAAGUUAUUGUAUUAUUUUUAAGGCAAAAUUCAAGUGACCUUUGACCUAGUGAGGAUUCAGGCAGAGAAUUUAGAUGCCUAUAUCAUUGCCUUGACAGUGUAACCUUUCAGAAAAUAUUUUGUCAUCAAUUCACUGUUGUUCUAUCAUUAUUAAAAUGGGCAGCUUGUAGCUAUGUUGAUAUUUUUUAUGAACAGAAUUUCUGAUAAAACAUUUGUUGUCUUUAUUUGUAAGAACACUGAGCCAAUCAAAGCAUUCAAAAAAAUUAAUAUUUGUUACAUAAACUAUUAUCCUUUGUUGUUUUAAAAAUGUACCAACCACUCACACUUUUGUAUUUGGGAUCAGGACAUUAGGAUUAAGGGUUAGGGAUAUAGUUAGGCUGUCUGAAUUAUUUCAUAUUCUCUUGGUCCAUUGUUCUACACAAUGCUUGGU